GAACGGGAGCGGAAGAGAGGAAAGAGAGAGAGGGAGGGAGAGAGAGAAAAGGAGGGAGGGAGGGAGAUGUUUUGAGCUGGUUUGCAGGGAGAGAGGUUGGCCUGAAUGCGUUCCGUCUGCUCUUCAGAGGCAUCCAGAUAUGUGUCACAAAGAUGUCCACACGCAGCUGCCAGGGAUCGGACUCGGUCAUCAAGCCCCUGGACACCAUCCCUGAGGACAAGAAGGUGAGGGUGCAGCGCACGCAGAGCGGCUUUGACCCGUUCGAGAAGCCUGUCAGCCAGGUGAAGAGGGUCCACUCUGAGAACAAUGCCUGCAUCAAUGCCAAGGGCUCAUCCACCGGCAAGGAGUCGCCCAAACUGCGCCGCCACUCCAGCCCUAGCUCUGUAAGUACACCCUUCACACCCAGGAGGAGCAUAUUGCAACAUGUAUCUGUUGGGAACGAAAAUGGAGCGUGUUUGUGUAUCGCUCUCUCUUCAAGGGGAGUGGGCUGCAUUUUCAUUGAGAUGAUCCAAGGAGUGGCUGCCUUUCCAGGGAUGAAGGACAUCCAGGACCAGCUGGAGAGGAUAUUCCUGGUCCUCGGCACCCCAUCUGAGGAUAUCUGGCCUGGAGUUAACUCUUUGCCUCACUUCAAACCAGGUGUUCAUGGUUCAAACCGCUUUACAGUGUACAGCGCUAAGAAGCUCAGACAAGCUUGGAAUAAGGUGGGCUACGUAGACCAUGCCGAGGAGUUGGCUUCCAGGUUCCUCCAGUGCUUCCCAAAGAACCGUCUGUCAGCCCAGGCGGCGCUGAACCACGAGUACUUCAGCAACCUUCCUCCACGGCUCUGGGAGCUGCAGGACAUGUCUUCUAUCUUCACCGUACCAAAUGUCAAGCUGCAGACAGAGAGCGGGGACAGCAUACAGGUGUGUGCACGAAGGAACAGCCAUGGCAAGGCAUCCUCUGGCAGCAAACACUGACCUGAGGCAGCAUCCUGCACACGAUUGCCUGACAGGUGGCUGUUGUAAAAAAGAAAAAAGAUGAAGACAAGCGAUAGAGGAUCCAGAAGAGCCCCAGUUCUCUUUAUUUAUUACCUUCACAAUAUGUGUGAGCGUGGGUGUAUGUGUGUGCGUGUGUGCCGUGUGCAUGAGAAAGAGAUUUAGCACUGGGUAUAGAUAUGAAUGCAUGUGUGCAUUAUGAACGGUACCUAAGAUUUCAGGCUAUCAUUUGCAAAUCUAAUUUUGUUUAGUUUUUAUAAGGUUCCAAUAACUCAUAUGUUGUUAUCACAGUAUAAACAAAAGGACUUUACUAUUGGUACAUGUGUUUUGUGUUUGUAACUAACCUCCUAUUUAAGAAUGUAUAUUUGUAUGUAUGAUAUACUCAUCAAGAAACUAUAUAAUGGACAAUUUUAAUAUCGCUUCAUCUUCUCGCGCCAAGACACAACAAACACAUAAGAGGAGACAUGCAUACAAGUAAAGCUAUAAAUCAAAAACAAUGCAGUCGGUUAAAAAAGAAUGAUCCUUAAGAGUUCCAUUUCAACUUUCUUACCAGGUUUAACUCUAAUUUAUAGAACCCUAAUAAUAAUAAUGGAGGGCUUUCAGGUGGUGCAACACAUCCUCUGGCAGCCAUAUUAGAGGUCCUGAUGUUGUUUUACAUUUUUUUAAUUUGUGAUAAUGUUUGAUCUUGUUAGCUGACUAAUUGUGCUAAUUUUCAGGUAACUACAACCAUCAACAAAUAUGAUUGAAACACUAAAGCCUCAAGUAGGUAAAUAAGUAGUAAAUAGAGGUUAGUAGUUGAAAAACAAAGAACAUCUUGUUCUUUGGCAGAUAUUUCUCGUUAUUUGCCUUUCUGCUGGGCGAUUUAGAUACUUUCCCUGAAGAAAAAGUGAUCAGAUCAGAUUCAUGUGUGCAGACAUCACAAACCUAUCUAUCCCAGGACGAGCGUUGGGUUAUGAAGCUAAUAUGACAUAGUGGCCAAACAGUGGAACUUUCCCAUAGAAAAAUGGUAUACGUUGCGAUUUUCCACGCUGCAGUCAUGGCAAUAUAUUUCGGUCAAUGGACUGUUAUUGUCCUCCAUGUUGUUCUCCAUAGCGCUCUGCUUAUAGCAGCAUGGAUUCUGUUCAGUGCUUCUGUCACUCUGGACUUGAAAUCGUCGUAUGUCGCGUUGCGAGUGUCUCAAAAGACAUUGAAAUUCUAUUUGAGCAUCCAAACCGAGACAAAUCUAUAGGAGACAGAUUUCAAACCACUUCCAAAUAAUGUUUGAAUUCAAUUUGCAAACAUCACAUUUAAUGUCUGGCAAAACUACCCUAUGACCCUGGUGAUGAAAAAAUGUUAAAUAUCUUUUACAUUUUUCCAAUGGACCUCCAUGAUUGACUUGAACUGGCUGAGAUGAGUUUUGUGUUGCAACUGAAAAGUCUUUCAAACAUAAAUGAUCUCUGCUGGAGAUGCUGAAGGUGCACACAUAAAACAACAGGGACAGCACCAACCAGUGUGCCGUACCGUAAUUGACAACAGCUGUAAGUGUGUGCGUGUCUGAUAGAGAGGCGUGUAAGUGCUAUUGUGUGUGUGAGUAUAUUAAACAUGGGCAAUAGCCCAUGCCAAUGCUCAUUGGGGCUUCCAUCCAUGCAAAUGAGCUAAUGUACAAACGAUAAAACACCAAGGCAAUAGGUUGAGUGGCCUAUUGUUUGAUCCAGCCCACGACAAUCCUCCCCUUCACUUUAUCUAAUAACCAUCAAAAGAUCUGCAAUAUUUUAUUAAAAACAGAUGAUCUAUGUCAAUAACUUCAAAUUUUUGUUAAGCUCAUGAGUCAAAUGUUAAGAUUGAUCUGGAGCUUUUCGUAUCUGACUAAUCAAAAAAGUAUAGGGAUGAGUGCUUUUCAGUGAGUGGUAGUGUAUGUGCAGUGUGUGUACUGUAGGUGGUGUCCCUUCACCACCGACACAUGCUCUUAUGGCGAGACUUCCCCUAUAUGUGUGCCCCUCAACAUCCUACACGUUCUAAAUGUUUUGCAACUUCUUAUGACGAAGGUCAAAUGUAUAAAGUAGUAUCAUCUGCAAAGACGUUUUUACUCUUUCUUUUGAUGUUUUGUGUGAAAAUAAGCUUAGAUGUAUGGUGAUAAUUGUGAAGUACUAUCAAUACAAUGGCUUCCUUUUUAUCAAUCAGUUUGAAAUUGACUGAAACAAUAAUAUCGGCCCUGAACUGUUGAUAAGCCGAAGAGAUGAGGCCGCAAAUGUGGUGUCAUGGAGAAUUGGAAACUGUUGUUACUUAUCAUGUCGCUCCACGACCUAUCAAACACACACACGCACACACACACACACACUCACACACACACACAUUCAUUAUAUAGAUGUCUUGCCUUCUAAGGUAACCUUCCUGCACCUAUCUGCCACAAUAUAGCAUAACCCUGCAGCCCCUCCAUGCCCCCACCAGCUGGUGUUUGCUUUGCAGUCUGUCGCAUUCAAAGAUGGCAAUUUUUCAUGUCUAUCGUAAUACAUCACUCAUGAAAUGUAAUCAUGCCGGCCAGGAAGGGAUAUUUUUACACAACCAAAAUACAUUCCAAAGUUCAGCUGUAGGUAAUAUUCUUCAGUGGCAGUCUGAGUUAUCCAAAUCGAGUGGGUAUCUCCAGCCAAGCAAUUGUGUGUAAAUUUACAAACCGAUAUUUUUCUAAAGAGCUAAUGGACCAGAGCUUCAUUGAUGAGCAAUAUUGAACUAACAUUUGUCAGGUGGCUGGGAUGAUACGACCAGGUGGCUCUGGAGCUGCAGGUGUAAAAUUACGGUUUUCUAACCAUAAAAACAUAAUAUGUUGUGUGUUUUCUUUUUUUUAUCAAUUUGCUCAUAAAAACACCUGAGAAAGUACAAAUUGUGCAAAAAAGGUUUCCACGCUUCGCAGAGAUGGAAUAGUUGCAUAGACCAAAAACAAACACACUUAGUGAAUAAAUCAGAUGGAACACGAGGCAGGUGACUUAAACAUCAAUCAAGCUUCCGCUCCUACUGAAGAGAUGAAUAAUGGCGGCAGACAUUAAUAGCACCAGAUUGGGGAAUUAGCUCAACCAAUUGUUUACCUCGAUGAGUCCCAACCCCUAAUAUUUGCAUAACAGUAGUGGAUGGAAACGCAUAUAAUUUGCAUUUUCUUAUGGCGAUUUUCUGGAAAGUUGGUUGCAUUUGUGUUACAUUUGGAUGGAAACUUGGCUUUAGACUGCUGAAUAUUAAUAUUGGCUGAAUUUUGGAAUAUAUUUUGCACAGAAUAUAGACUGUGGAUCUGUUCCCUUAUCUUUGACACUGUAGACACUCGAGUUAAGAUUAGAGAUGUUCCGAUACCAUUUUUUCCUUCCCAAUACUGAUUUCCAUACAUGAACUUGUGUAUCGGCCGAUACUGAGUACCGAUGUGAUACCAGUGCUUUAAAAACACAUUGCCGCUUUACUGGUGGGGACGUUUUGCUAGUUCUGGCUUAAUUUUGGGUGCAGCGAUCUAUCUGGAGCUAGUAAUGGAACACUUCUUUCUUCUCAUCUCUGUUGAGAGUUGCACUUGCCAAUCAUGCAGGAUGUACGGAUCGGGGUAGCGAGGAACACAUGUUGUUGUUGUUCCCGUACAGUGUAAAGGAACUGAUAAAUGAUAUGAUAACGUGAUGUCUGAUUGAUGCAUUAACUUUAGGCUGUAUCUGAUACUAGCAUUGGUAUCGAAAAACAAAUCUAGUUGAGAUAGACGUGAAAAUAUCUGAACCUAUGCUUUAAAGUAGAGAGGAAUUGGAGUUUUCGUGCUUUGGCAUUUUACCAUGACUGUGUUCCAGUCCAGCUUCUUCAACCAUAGAGGCAAAAUAAAUGGUCAUUGGUUAGACUCUCCAAUAGCAUUUUGAAAAUGCACUUUAAAGAAAAAUCUUUUUGCCCUACAUUCCAGCCUGUAUGGUUACGUUUAUGCACUUGCUUUGCCGUUAAUGAUAAACAUAUGAGUGCUUAUACUGUAUAUACAGUAUAUGUAACCUUUCUUUGCCUGAUGCAAAGCAAACCAGUCCUUACAAAUAUAAAUUUCGUCCCUUGUUUCAAACCUUUACCACAGAUUGAGGAGAGCUCAUAGAAAUGCUGUACUUGAAGUUAUCUCGCGGCUUUUCAGUGUCAUCCCCAGGCUGUGAUUGUGCGGCAGGAAAAAAAGGGGAGGAGACGGGGUGGGUAAUGCCAGUAAAGCGGCGUGACAGAAGAGGGUUAAUACCAUCGAGCUGUGCGAAGAUUGCCCAGCCUCAUGUGGCUUUAAGGGAUUGCAGGCAGUAUUAGCAGCUGAAUAAUUAUUUUUGGCAUGUUUCUCCUUGUGCAUACUUUCGGCGUGGCACACAUCGCUUUGUUUGCCCCUAAACACUCUUACUUCUGUGGAGCUUUGUUAGCCCGCAGUACAAAAACUUAUAUUUUUGAGUCCUGUGUGGGCAGAGUUUCUGAAGGCACUCUGUUCAAGCUUGAAUGUUCUCAUAGAUUUCAAUAAAGUCCAGUGAAGGAAAUACUUGGUGGAAUUGCACAUUUAGCACUGUGACAAGGGAAAUGAGAAAUAAUCUCAAUAGAAAUGUCAAAGGGGGAAAUCAAUAAGGUGUUGAAAUAGUGAUGCUUCCACUAUGUUCGUAUACAGGGUUGCAAAGGUCCCCUUAAAGAGAUAUAUAUGAAUAAAUAUAUAAGGUAAAUACAAGGCAUCUAUUUUUGGCAUUCUUUAUUAAAGUGGUAUUGGAAGGAAAAACAUAUAGGUUGGAUCCAUCGUGCAUCCUCGCUGUGCUCAACAAUGAAUCUGUGUUUGCAACUUUUUUCAACAAAGCUUCUCUCACAUUUUAUUCUCUCUUUUUUGGAUGCUGCACUGAAAACACAUUAUGUUCUUUCACAAGUGGUUUAGAAAACAGAAGUGUCGUCAGUCACUUCACCGAGUGAAACAAUAUAGUAUACAGUAGAAUAGCUGUUGCAUUAUUUGUUACGACCUGUAUGUAAUGUUAUUAUGGAAGAUGUAAUGUCCUUCUGUAAAUGUUGUUUAAUGUUUUACCUGAAAUAAAAUGUAUAAAAAAUGUAUAAAA